AUGGAGAAGUACCUCAGAGAAAACUUCAGCGUCCAGCCGAAGAACCCUUCCGAGUCCGCCCUCCGCCGAUGGAGAUCCGCCGUAUCCGUCGUCAAAAAUCCCCGUCGACGCUUCCGCAUGGUCGCCAAUCUCGCCCAACGCGCCGACGCAGAAAACAAGCGUAGGAAGCUCCAGGAAAAAAUAAGGGUGGCUCUCUAUGUUCAAAAAGCAGCUUUGCAUUUUAUUAACGCUGGGAACCGUGGUAUUGGUGACCGCAUUGGCAGAGGUGGAGUUGGUCAGGUGGGCGACGGGGUUGGCCGCGGUGAUGGUGGUUCUGGUGGUUACAUGCUCUCAAACGAGACUCAGGAAGCAGGCUUCGGAAUUGAGCCCGACGAAUUAGCCUCCAUUGUCCGAUCCCAUGACAACAAAUGUUUAGAACUUCAUGAAGGAGUGGAAGGAAUAGCAAGGGCUGUUCGUGUGUCCUUGCAUGAGGGCGUUAUUUCAGUUGAUGUGGAGCAUAGACAAAAUAUCUAUGGUUUUAACCGCCACGCCGAGAAGGCCCCUAGAAGCUUUUGGAUGUUCGUUUGGGAUGCAAUGCAGGACUUAACUCUAAUCAUCCUUAUGGCAUGUUCUUUGGUCUCAGUAGGUGUUGGAAUCUUAACUGAAGGUUGGCCAAAAGGUAUGUACGAUGGAGUGGGAAUCAUACUAUCUAUCCUUUUAGUGGUCUUUGUCACUUCAAUUAGUGACUAUAAACAGUCUUUGCAAUUUAAGGACUUGGAUAAAGAAAAGAAAAAUGUCAGCAUUCAAGUUACAAGAGACGGUAGAAGGCAAAAGGUUUCAAUUCAUGAUCUAGUGGUAGGAGACAUAGUCCAUCUUUCAAUAGGAGACAUAGUUCCUGCAGAUGGGUUAUGGAUAUCUGGUUUCGGAUUAUUAAUAGACGAGUCAAGUCUAUCAGGUGAGAGCGAGGCUGUGAAUAUUGACGGCAGGAAGCCUUUUCUUCUAUCUGGGACCACAGUGCAAGAUGGGUAUGCUAAGAUGCUGAUCACAUCCGUUGGUGUGAGAACGGAAUGGGGAAGAUUGAUGGAUACUCUGAACGAGGGAGGAGAUGAUGAGACACCACUUCAGGUCAAACUAAAUGGAGUUGCUACCAUUAUUGGAAAGAUAGGCUUGGGUUUUGCCCUGCUCACAUUCAUGGUUCUAACGAGCAGGUUUUUGUGGAGUAAAAUAGCUCAGCAUGAGAUUACAAAAUGGUCCCUAAAUGAUGCAUCCCAACUUCUCAAUUUCUUUGCCACUGCUGUCAUUAUAAUAGUUGUGGCAGUUCCUGAGGGGCUUCCUUUGGCAGUAACACUAAGCCUUGCAUUUGCCAUGAAGAAAUUGAUGAAUGACAAGGCACUAGUCAGGCAUCUCUCCGCAUGCGAGACCAUGGGUUCAGCAAGUUGUAUUUGCACUGAUAAAACGGGGACCUUGACUACAAAUCACAUGGUUGUAGACAAAAUAUGGAUUUGCGAACAAACUAAGGUCAUUAAAAGCGGCCCAGGUGAAAAUGUGUUGAAGUCCUCAAUUUCUGAACACACAUUUGAUCUUCUUUUGCAAUCCAUAUUCCAGGAUACUGCCUCAGAGAUAGUCAAAGGGCUGGAUGGAAAGAACAAGAUCUUGGGUUCUCCCACAGAAUCGGCACUGUUGGAAUUCGGCUUGCUUUUGGGAGGUGAUUCCAAGUUUUAUAACAACAAGUAUAAAAUCGUGAAGGUUGAACCUUUCAAUUCAAUCAGAAAAAAGAUGUCACUGCUGGUGGCUCUUCCCGGUGGCACCGACAAGUAUCGAGCAUUUUGCAAAGGAGCAUCUGAACUAAUUGUGAAAAUGUGCGACAAAGUUGUCAACGCAGACGGCGAAGUGGUCCAUUUGAACGAACAACAAAAAAUUAGCAUCACAGAAGUUAUCAACGGUUUUGCUUCUGAGGCUCUGAGAACACUCUGCAUUGCCUUCAAGGACAUUGAAGGAUCUUCUAAACGUGAUUGUAUUCCUGAGGACAAGUACACGUUGAUAGCUAUUGUUGGGAUAAAGGAUCCAGUGAGGCCUGGAGUAAAAGAAGCUGUCAAGACUUGUUUAGAAGCUGGCAUUGUCGUUAGAAUGGUGACUGGUGACAACAUAAAUACCGCUAAAGCAAUAGCUAGAGAAUGCGGCAUAUUGACAGAUGGAAUCGCGAUAGAGGGACCGGAUUUCCGGAACAAGUCUCCGCAAGAAUUGGAAAAGAUUAUACCGAAAAUACAGGUAAUGGCCCGAUCCUUGCCUCUUGACAAGCACAGCUUAGUGAGCCAUUUGAGGGAGAAUUUUAAUGAGGUUGUGGCAGUAACUGGUGAUGGGACCAAUGAUGCCCCAGCGUUGCAUGAGGCUGAUAUUGGACUUGCUAUGGGCAUUGCAGGGACAGAGGUUGCAAAAGAGAACGCGGAUGUGAUUGUAAUGGAUGAUAACUUCUCAACCAUAGUGAAUGUUGCCAGAUGGGGUCGUGCUGUUUAUAUUAAUAUACAAAAGUUUGUCCAGUUCCAGUUAACCGUUAAUGUUGUAGCUCUCGUGCUGAAUUUUAUUUCAGCAUGCGUGUCAGGCUCUGCUCCUCUUAGUGCUGUUCAAAUGCUUUGGGUAAACAUGAUCAUGGACACUCUCGGCGCGUUGGCACUGGCUACAGAACCUCCUCAUGAUGGGUUGAUGAAGAGGCCACCUAUUGGAAAGAACGCCAAAUUCAUCACCAGGGUCAUGUGGAGGAACAUAAUUGGUCAGAGCAUCUAUCAAAUCAUCGUCCUUCUGGUUCUCAAAUUUCGUGGGGAACAGAUUCUCAAGCUCAAUGGACCUGAUGAUACUACCUUUCUUCUGAAUACCGUCAUAUUCAACACCUUUGUAUUUUGUCAGGUGUUCAACGAGAUAAACAGCCGUGACAUGGAGAAGAUAAAUGUUUUUGAAGGCAUGUUAAGCAGCUGGGUUUUCGUGAUGGUGAUGGGUGUGACGAUAUGCUUUCAAGCCUUGAUAGUUCAAUAUCUGGGGGCUUUUGCUCAAACGGUUCCACUGAGCCCGGAAUUGUGGUUAGCAAGCGUGAUGAUUGGUGCGGUAAGUUUAGUUGUAGCUGUUCUCCUGAAGUGCAUUCCAGUUCCAUCGAGUACCUACACCGCCACCAAUCAUGAUGGUUACGAGCAGCUCCCCAGUGGCCCUGAUCUGGCAUGA